CGGAUGGUAGUGGAUUAUCGUGCAGUAAACAAGAACUUCAAGUCGAUUGCCUUUCGGAUGCCAGACGCCCUACAGAUUUUCAAGAAUCUUGAAGGUGGGUACUACUUUGGGGCAUGCGACCUUGCUAUGGGCUAUAAUCAGGUCGAGCUGUCAGAGCAGAUGCAGCGUUUGCUCACUGUCGUAGGUCCAGAUGGCUGUUACUACCCCACCAGACUACCACUUGGUCCAUCUCCAGCUCCCGCAUUCUUUCAACAACAAACAGCUAGUGCGUUUGAGGACGUGGUAGACGGAGUCUUCAUCGACGACUUGAUCUACAAGGGUAAAGAUUUUGAUGAAUUUCUCAGACGUAGUAAGGAGCUGUUUGAUCGGUGCGAGGCUACUGGCUUUACCCUGUCCUUGAAGAAGUCCGUGUUCGGCAAGAAGACAGUGGAGGUUCUAGGUUUCAACAUCAGCCAAAAAGGACGGACACCGACACCAAAAAAGGUUGAACAGCUUCGAAACUGGCCGGAGCUCGAAAGCAAGGACGACCUGGUCAGCCUAUUGGCGUUCGCAAACUACCUUCGGGAAUUCAUCCCCGACUACCAACGGAAACGAGGUCCACUAGCUCCUUACACGAAGAAACGCGGAAAACCGUGGUCAGAUUUUUCUGACGAUGUCGAAGCACAAGAUGCGCUGCUGCAGCUGAAAAACAGCAUCGCAGAUGAUGUCCCACUGACCAGCAUCGACUUCGAAGCAGCACAUAACUGGCGAAAGACAGGCCGUCCAGUGGUAGUUACAUGUGACGCGUCACGAUACGGUCGAAGCUAUGUCAUCUGCCAGGCAGCACGAGCAGGAGGACCACUGCGGCCUUGUGUAAUCAAAGGCGUGAGCUUCGAUGAGCACCAGCAGGGAUGGAGUGUCCUUGAGCAAGAACUUAGUGCUGUUAAACUUUUCUGCGAGGAUGGCUGGAAGUACGUUGAUGGACUUGAAAUCUUUCUGCUCUUUGACCAUGAAAAUCUCGACAGAGUCGACGAUCUACUGGGUAACCAACGUGUCCGCGACAAGAUACUACGCUGGCUUGAGGUAGUGCGACAACGACUAGACUCCGGCGCAGUUCAUCGUGUUCACAUCAGUGGCACUAUCAAUGUUUUAGCGGAUGCAGCUUCGCGUCAUCCAUCAGUACAAACGUCUACCAUUCGCAAAGAAGACCUACCGUUUCCGGUUUCAGCCCGAAAGAUUUUGGACUUCUUGUUUGACCCUCGAGCACCCGACAUGCCAGUUGUACCUUCCGCAUCGAUGCAUUCGAUCGUCUUUAAACCGCCUAAUUCUGAUCAGCGUCGACAAUCGGCAUACUCUAACACUUCUUCAUCAGCAGUCGAUGUUGUGCUAAACUACGAUGAGGAUCGCGAUCGUAGAUGGACCGUAAACAAAGAUGCUUUCCCGUGGGAGUUAGAUUGGCGCAAAGGUUUCCAGACUGACGUGCCAAGUUUUCAUAGUGAGCAUCCGACAGAACAACUUGCCCGACGAGCAGCACUUCGGGCUGUGGCUGAGCACUUUCCCUCCGAGAUGAACGAAGAGUACCACCCCCGAAACUUCUACGUUCUCGGCCUGCACCUGGAGAAAUACAAAACGAUGGACCUUGAAGUGCUGCAAGAA